AGUGCUUUUUAGAGGGAAGUCAGAAACCCUAGCAAUAGCUUAUACCCUUCAGACUUUAGCUUAAUCUCUUUUUAUUAUAUUACUGUCCCUCUCUCUCUCUCUCUGGUUGCUGCCAUGAUCGAAGCUCAUUCAAUCUCAUUACCCGAUCAUUAAAAAUCGUUCUUGCCUCUUUUCGAGCUGUCAAUUGUCUUUGCACUAUCUGAACUUGGGAGGAGGGAAAAGGAAAUUGCUUGGAAACUGAUAAGGCUAUCAUGGGUUAUGCACAACUUGUUAUAGGUCCUGCUGGUAGUGGCAAGUCUACGUAUUGCUCGAGUUUGUACCAACACUGUGUUGCGGCACGGCGAACAAUACAUAUUGUGAACCUUGAUCCUGCUGCUGAAAAUUUUGACUAUCCUGUUGCCAUGGAUAUAAGGGAACUCAUUUCCCUGGAUGAUGUUAUGGAGGAACUUGGAUUAGGUCCUAAUGGUGGUCUUGUAUACUGCAUGGAACAUCUUGAAGAUAACCUAGAUGAUUGGUUCACUGAGGAACUGGACAAUUAUUUGGAUGAUGAUUACUUGGUUUUUGACUGCCCUGGUCAGAUUGAACUCUAUUCACAUGUGCCAAUGCUUCGGAAUUUUGUGGAACAUUUGAAACGGAAAAACUUUAAUGUCUGUGCUGUGUAUUUACUUGAUUCACAGUUCAUGACAGAUGUGACCAAAUUUAUAAGUGGAUGCAUGGCAUGCCUUUCUGCAAUGGUUCAACUUGAACUGCCUCAUGUUAAUAUCCUUUCAAAAAUGGACCUUGUGACUAACAAAAAGGAUGUUGAAGAAUUCUUGGAUCCAGAGCCCACCUUUUUACUGUCUGAAUUGAAUCAACGGAUGGCUCCUCAGUUUGCUAAGCUGAAUAAAGCUUUGAUUGAACUGGUGAAUAAUUAUAGCAUGGUGAGUUUUAUACCACUGGACUUGAGGAAGGACAAAAGUAUACAAUAUGUAUUGGCCCAAAUUGACAACUGCAUCCAGUAUGGAGAAGAUGCUGAUGUGAAGGUUAAGGAUUUUGACCCGGACGAUGAUGAGUAGUUUAUUCCCAUUUGCAGCACUGCUUGGUGUGUUUGAAAGUUCAGUCUUCACAUCCACAAAAUUGUCUAUCAAGCUUACAUUGUUAAUGUAUAAUAUCUCAUUAGAUUGUUUCAAUAUGAAUCGGGGACUUUGAUGAUUUGUACAAUUUAGCCUCCAAUGGGGAGAAAAAUUGGGACGGAUGCUUGGUCAAUCUCUUAUCACUACUUGCUUGGUUAGGACAUGAAAUGUUUUUAGACCCUUGAA